AUAAGAGGACCCUCCGGCGUGAGCGAGCGGCACGUUGCCGACCAUGUUGGCUGUUUUUGUCUCCGCCCACUCGUCGCCACUUUCCCGCCAUGCUUAGGCACGCGUGGAGGCUGUGCGUAAAGGUCCUGUCACCAUCCUCAUGCUCUCCUCCUCCGCCUCCCCCUCUUCUUCAUCCUCGUCAUCAGCGCAUGGUGUAGCGGACCCUGCCCCAACAUGGCCCCGCCAUCCCCGCGUCUCGCCGGCUUGGCAAGCCUCCUCCUCCUCCUGCUGCUCCUUUUCGCCGUCGACGGCAGCCGUGCGCCGGACAACCGCACGCACGCUGGUGAUGGGGAGGAGACCCCGCACCACCGGGGAAACUCGUCCGCGCACAGGAAGUCUUUCCCGGUGUUGUCGUUCAACUACGAGCACGUCCGGAGGCCCUUCGAGAUCUCGCUGUGGAUCCUGCUGGCUCUCCUCAUGAAGCUCGGCUUCCACAUCAUUCCCAGAGUGUCCCACGUGGUUCCCGAGAGCUGCCUGCUGAUAUUUGUGGGGCUCCUGGUGGGCGGCGUCAUCAAGGCCAUCCGGGAGACGGCGCCCGUCCUCGACACCAAGCUCUUCUUCCUCUACCUGCUGCCCCCUAUCAUACUGGACGCCGGCUACUUCCUGCCCAUCCGCCCCUUCACAGAGAACCUGGGCACCAUCCUGGUGUUUGCGGUGGUGGGCACGCUUUGGAACGCCUUCUUCAUCGGCGGGGUGAUGUACGGCGUGUGCCGCCUGGAGGGCGCCCAGCUGGCCGGCGUGGACCUGCUGUCCUGCCUGCUGUUCGGCGCCAUCGUGUCGGCUGUGGACCCCGUGGCCGUGCUGGCCGUCUUCGAGGAGAUCCACAUCAACGAGCUGCUGCACAUCCUGGUCUUUGGAGAGUCGCUGCUUAACGACGCCGUAACUGUGGUGUUGUACCACCUGUUUGAGGAGUUUUCCCACGCCGGCGUGGUGACAGUGGCCGACGCCCUCCUGGGGGUGCUGUGCUUCUUUGUGGUGUCCUGCGGGGGCAUCAUGGUGGGCGCCAUCUACGGCGUCCUGGGCGCCUUCACGUCCCGCUUCACGUCGCACACGCGCGUCAUCGAGCCCCUCUUCGUGUUCCUCUACAGCUACAUGGCGUACCUGUCGGCAGAGGUCUUCCACCUGUCGGGCAUCAUGUCGUUGAUCGCGUGUGGCGUGGUGAUGCGUCCGUACGUGGAGGCCAACAUCUCGCACAAGUCCUACACCACCGUCAAGUACUUCAUGAAGAUGUGGAGCAGCGUGAGCGAAACGCUCAUCUUCAUCUUCCUCGGCGUUUCCACCGUGGCCGGGCCCCACGCCUGGAACUGGACCUUCGUGGUCGUCACCGUGGUCCUGUGCCUGGUCUCCCGAGUGCUGGGUGUCAUCGGCCUGACGUUCGUCAUCAACAAGUUCCGCAUCGUCAAGCUGACGAAGAAGGAGCAGUUUAUUGUCGCCUACGGUGGCCUGCGAGGCGCCAUCGCCUUCUCUCUGGGCUUCCUGCUGACCAACAAGAUGAAGGACUUGUUCCUCACCGCCAUCAUCACCGUCAUCUUCUUCACCGUCUUUGUUCAGGGGAUGACCAUCAGGCCUCUGGUGGAGCUUCUGGAAGUAAAGAAGAAGAAGGAAGGCGACGGCUCCAUUAACGAGGAGAUUCACACACAGUUCCUGGAUCAUCUCCUCUCGGGAAUUGAGGGCGUCUGCGGCCAUUACGGACAUCAUCACUGGAAAGACAAGCUGAGCCGCUUCAACAAGGCCUACGUGAAGAAGUGGCUGAUUGCGGGCGAGCGCUCCAACGAGCCGCAGCUGCUCUCCUUCUACAACAAGAUGGAGAUGAAGGAGGCCCUGAUGAUGGUGGAGAGCGGCGCCGCCUUCAGGCCGCCUUUGAUUGUGGCGAGCGAGGAACCCCAGGGGCCGUCCAGACGCAGGACAAACAUCUCCAGAGGUCGUGAGAAGGAAAUUCGAAAGAUGCUGCACUCCAACAUGCAGAAGAACAGACAGAGGCUUCGCUCCUACAGCAGGCACGACCUCAUGAUCGACCCCUUCGAAGAAGACGACGUGACCGAGGUUCGAUUCCGUAAGCAGCAAGUGGAGAUGGGGAGGAGGAUGAGCCACUAUCUGACCGUGCCUGCAAAGCGCCCGGAGAUCCCCUCAGUGAGAAAAGUCGCCUUUGUGCCAGAACACCAAGUCUACACGUACGACGACGGCGACCCGCCGCCCCGCUCCAACCCGAGCUCCCCUGACGCCGUCAGCCUGCUGAAUGAGUCCCAGCGAGAGCUCGAUCCCCGGGAGGGAUCCGAGCGCAACAAAGAGAAGGAGGAGGGGGAGCUGAAGGUCAUACGCCGCCUCAGCGACCCCGGCCCCAAGUAGAAGAACUUUGAUGUUUCCAUGGCGGUCAGAGGCCACAGCCUAAGCUUUAUUUAUCCUGGUUUUUGCUUGCGCUUGAUUUUAAUUGCUGGCGGCGCCAAAUGGGUGGAGUUUACCCUUCCAAGCACAAACGUAGUGUGUCCACCAAAGAACAUUUCCGUGUAAUAUUGUUGAAAACGUGGCUGCAUGGCUAAUAAUCAGUGUUUUUCUCAGGGACUGUUGGAGGCUGCGGUGCAAGUGUUCGUCAACAUUCCUCCUCUCGCACACGUCACGUAUCUCAUGAGUUGAAAAAGACCCUGCAUACAUGUGCACUGCCCGAGCUGAAGCUGCAUGCGUGUUUGCCUUAAACAAAUGUUUGUGUUUGUGCCAGAGUAUUUUUAUAUUUUGAGCUAAAUUGAAGUCAUGAAAUAAGUCUAAUAAAGGUUUGUACAUCAA